UGUCAGGAGUGUGAAGCAUCUUGACGACUGGAGUUUGUUUUGGUGAAUCAUUUUCAUGGGUUCAUUUUAAUAGGGUUCCGCGCAAUAACAAUAUUUCUCUUUCUACCUCUAGGGAUUUGAAUAGUCGAUAUAUUUAGAUUGUGUAUUUCUAUAUGCUAUAUUGAAACCGUUUUGUCAAAAGUUAUUCCCCGAUAAUCACGACCAAUCCGCUGAUAAUCUGUGCAGUUUCUAGACUAGAAGAGAUCAUGUGAAUCCUGAAUCUGGAACCAUGCAGAAAAACAAUAAGUUAGCCGACUGAAGCAAACAACUUAAAUAUGUCAUCCAAGGGAAUCUUCUCUAUAAGCUUCAAUCAGGAUCAUGGUUGUUUCAUUUGUGCCACAGACACAGGUCUGCGGAUUUACAAUGUUGAGCCUUUGACACAGAAGCUUUUUCUCAACUAUGACACUGUGGGAAGUCUGGCAUGUGCCGAGAUGUUGUUCCGCACAAACCUUCUGGCUGUUGUUGGAGGUGGCAGCUUUCCACGCUUUGAUGAAAAAGCAGUGCUGAUUUGGGAUGACUCUCAGAAAGAUCCUGCCAAGAAAGUUGUCAUGGAAAUUACAUUUGCCCAACCAGUAGUAGCUGUUAAAAUGAAAAGGGAAAGGUUGAUAGUUGUGUUACGAAACCAGGUUCAUGUGUUUAGCUUCCCAAAUAAACCCCAGAAGUUGUUCACAUUUGGUACCAGGGAUAAUCCAAAAGGUCUGUGUGAGGUUAGUGGGUUUGGACAAACACUGGUGUUCCCUGGACACAAGUGUGGAAGUGUUCAGAUUGUGGACCUAGAGACGACCCAGCCUGGCCAGUCCUCUUCACCCAUUACCAUCAAUGCCCACCAGAACGACCUUGCUUGCCUUGCACUCAACCAAAAUGGCACACUCAUGGCGACUGCCUCUAAAAAGGGAACGCUGAUACGGGUGUUUGAUCUUGUGACCAAAAAACAAGUUGUAGAGCUGAGGAGAGGAGCAGACACAGCCAUGUUGUACUGCAUUUCCUUCAGCCAUGACUCAGCUUUCCUCUGUGCAUCAAGUGACAAAGGCACAGUCCAUAUAUUUGCAGUCAAAGAAACUCAUUUGAAUAAAAGAUCAUCCUUCAAACAGAUGGGGUUCCUAGGGACAUAUGUGGAGUCUCAGUGGGGACUGGCCAGCUUCACUGUAGCUGCUGAAUGUGCCUGUACCUGUGCUUUUGGACCUGGACAUUCAGUCAUAGCUGUGUGUGUGGAUGGUACUUUCCAUAAAUAUGUGUUCACCACCGAUGGCAACUGUAACAGGGAGGCAUACGAUGUGUACCUAGACAUAGGAGACGACAUGGAAUAGCACACGUUCCUAUCACAGACAAGUGGACACAUCGGGAAUGACAUUAGAUUACCUUAUACACACCUAUCACAGACAAGUGGACACAUCGGGAAUGACAUUAGAUUACCUUAUACACACCUAUCACAGACAAGUGGACACAUCGGGAAUGACAUUAGAUUACCUUAUACACACCUAUCACAGACAAGUGGACACAUCGGGAAUGACAUUAGAUUACCUUAUACACACCUAUCACAGACAAGUGGACACAUCGGGAAUGACAUUAGAUUACCUUAUACACACCUAUCACAGACAAGUGGACACAUCGGGAAUGACAUUAGAUUACCUUAUACACACCUAUCACAGACAAGUGGACACAUCGGGAAUGACAUUAGAUUACCUUAUACACACCUAUCACAGACAAGUGGACACAUCGGGAAUGACAUUAGAUUACCUUAUACACACCUAUCACAGACAAGUGGACACAUCGGGAAUGACAUUAGAUUACCUUAUACACACAGACAAGAAAAAUACAGAGAUUGAUGAAUGACUCUGAAUCAGGAUGUUUUGUGUUAACUGUGAUGAAUAACUUAUUUUUGUUGGUAAUCACACUACAUGUAUUAUGUAGUUGCAAAGUCACCAAUGGAUAUUUUUGGUUUGUUUUAUGAAGGUUCAUAAAGCAUGAAGAAAACCUGUGAUUGAUCGUCAAUGUUAUGGAAAAUGUAUAUUUUAUUGCAUGCUGUUGUAGAAUUUGGUCCUGGUCCAGGUCUGCCAAAGUUUUAUCUGAUUAGCGUGAGACUAAAACUUCGGUCCUGGUAGAAGUCUGCCAAAGUACUAUUGUUGUAUUAGUGAGAGAGUAGAGCUUUGGUCAUUGCAAGGUGUUAUUGUAUCAGUGUGAAAGUAGACUUUUUGUUUUGGCCUUGCCUGGUUCUGUCAAACUUUCAUUUUGUCAUUCAGAGGGUAGACUUCUAGUCCAUGGCCAGCUGCAGGUCUGUAAAGGUUAUAUAGGACCAGUGAGAGUGAGAUAAAACUUUGGCCCUGUUUCAGGUCUGAAAAUGUUAAACUGCAUCAGUACAUGUCCUGAUAUGGGUUCCUUAUGCUGCUAAAUGCUUCAACAUGUUUUAAUACUUUAAAUACUGACUAAUACAUCUUGUUUUGCAAUUGCUUGAAUUAUUUGUUACCACUAAAUUAAAGAUGAAAUAAAACAUUGUAUCAGCCUCA